CGCAACCUUGAUUUCUAACCAUCGCAUAUAUUGUGAUUGCAAGCCUCGUUUGCGACGUGCACGAUAGAUCGCUCAUUGGUCGGAAGAUACCUUUAUCCUCUUCAGCUAUGGCGCUAAAGCUUAAUAUGCGGUUAUCGGCGAGCAUCCCUCUUUCAAAACCAAGGAUUAGACAUGCGAAACGGUUCUCAACCACCAUCUUGUGUAGCAGUGGUCAACCAGCUGUGCCUCACCAAACCGAAUGGACUACCGUCCAGCGAGAUCGCUUUCGUGUCGAUCACAUGUCUAAUGUACCCUCGUCAAUUUUGUCCAAACUUGAGACAAAACUACCCAACGACCCGGCUCAUCCACUCGGAAUACUCAAUAAUUUAAUACACGAACAGAUGCACGGAUUCGAAAGACUCCAGUUCCCAUCGGCUAUAGUUACGCCUACCCAAAAUUUCGAUGACUUGGGAUUCGCAGCUGAUCACCCUGGCCGGAGGAAGGGAGAUUCCUACUACUUGAAUUCAGAUUACAUGUUACGGACUCAUACGUCGGCUCACGAAGUGGAGGCAUUUUCUCAAGGGAAAGAGAAAUGGCUUUUAACUGCGGAUGUUUACCGUCGCGAUGAAAUCGAUGCUUCGCAUUUUCCGGUCUUUCAUCAAAUGGAGGGGGCUUGCGUGCUACCUCAAUCUGAUAUGGAUCAACUUGCUAGCGAAACCCAUGAGAUACAACGGUUUUUGGCGACCAAAAAUAUUAAAAUCGAAGAUGAUACCAAAGUGGACUCACAAAACCCUUUCCAAGCUUGCCAUAAUUCAGCUCAAGCCAUGACUGUCAUCAAUCAUCUCAAGGCUACCAUCAACAGACUCAUCUAUGGCGUCUUUGCAGGUUUGGACGCUAAACAACAGGCGUCUCUUCAGAUUCGAUGGAUCCCUGCGUUUUUCCCAUUUACAAGCCCAAGUUAUGAAGUUGAAGUUAUGUACAUGGGAAAGUGGCUCGAAAUCUUAGGUUGCGGGCUCGUCAAUCAACUCACGUUGGAUAAGGCUAAGGUUCCAAGUAAAAUGGGAUGGGCAUUCGGUCUUGGAUUGGAAAGAAUAGCCAUGAUCUUAUUCUCCAUCCCAGAUAUUCGUCUGUUUUGGUCAAAAGAUCCUAGAUUUUUAAAUCAAUUCCAGCCCGGAAAGGUUUCUCAGUUUCAACGCUUUAGUAAAAACCCACCAUGCUACAAAGACGUCAGUUUUUGGCUUCCAGAAACUUUUGAAGCAAAUGAUAUCUUUGAGUUGAUCAGGGACGUCGGUGGAACAUGGGUGGAGGAAGUCAAAUUGAUUGAUCAAUUUGAGCAUCCUACAACGAAGCGUACAAGUCACUGCUACCGGAUCACAUACCGAUCAAUGGAAAGGAAUCUAUCAAACGAGGAGGUGAAUGUUACCCAAGCCCGAGUAUGUGAAGCGCUGAAAAGCCAAAUGGGGCUCCAGUUCCGGUGAGGUAGCAAACCGUGAAAUGUCGAAAUAAUCAUUGGAUCAUGGGACGAGCCUCUUGCUGGGACUAGAUGCCCUACCAAUCGAAGUGCAUGUUGCUCAAGUUAAGAUUGCAGAAAAGAGAACACAGCAUAGAUGAUGAUACCCUAGUCAAUUGAAUUGACUAAAAUGCUGAACAUUGCAACCUAAAGAUAUUCACAUAAGUAUUCAUCAUCUAGCUUUUCACUGAGAACGAAAAAUGUUAGACCCCUUGAUUUAAGUGGCUCAGAAACUACGAAACAUAAUUCUUGCCAAAGUCGAUUAUUACAUCCACAAAGUAACUCCAACACUGCACUUUGUGAAUUGGAAAAAUAUCCUUGUCUCGUAUUGACAAGGUGUUUGGAAGAUAUGUACCUCCCCUUUGUUCAAUCCAAUAACGGGCUGGCACUUACUACACCACCAUGAUAUAUACACUGUUCAUCACAGACUCAUGAGACCCUUGGGAAAUAGCAUGUCAUAUAUUAUUAUAACCACUCAAGCCUUGUGGGUUG